AAGUAAGGGUUAAACCGUGCACAGUGUCAGCUCACCACUGCGACUUGCAUUGACCAACAAGGCCAAUCAUCUCAGCAUCACCAUCACUGUCACCAUGGGCAGGAUCAUCUUCUACGAGGACAGGAACUUCAUGGGCCGCUCCUAUGAGUGCAGCAGCGACUGUUCCGAUAUGUCCACCUACCUGAGCCGCUGCCACUCCUGCAGGGUGGAGAGCGGCUGCUGGAUGGUCUACGACCGCCCCAACUACAUGGGCAACCAGUACUUCAUGAGGAGGGGCGAGUAUUCUGACUACAUGAGCAUGAUGGGAAUGAGCGACUGCAUCAGGUCUUGCCGCCAGAUCCCUAUGUACAGGGGAUCCUACAGAAUGAGGAUCUACGAGAGGGAGAACUUCAUGGGCCAGAUGAUGGAGGUGACCGAAGACUGUGAGUCCAUCAUGGAACGCUACAACUGGUCCAGCGGCUGCCACUCCUGCCACGUGAUGGACGGCCACUGGCUCAUGUACGAGCAGCCCCACUACAGAGGCAGGAUGAGGUACUUCAGGCCCGGAGAGUACAGGAGCUUCAGGGACCAUGGCAGCAUGAGGUUCAUGAGCAUGAGGCGCAUCAUGGACUCCUGGCAUUAAAAGUCCUGUCGCAUUCUUUUUUUUCACUAUGUGAAGACCAGCAAUUUUAAAUAAAACACUCUGCAACAGUAA